UAUCAUUCAAACGACGAUCCAUUUACAGUCCCUGUAUAUUAUCAAGUGGUACGUACCAAAAAACCUAAACGUUAUGGAACUUAUGACCUCUUUCCAAGAUCUAGAGAUCUUAAAAGUUACGUUGCUUAUCAUUGUGAUGAGAUUCCCCGUCAGUCUCCAGCAACACUGUGUGCCUCUAGUCCAAUCACAAACGAACAAAGCCCUAAUUGGCAAAGCGUACAAAUCCUUCACGACCAAAGACUACCCCACAUGUAUGAUGCAGUGUCAUGACGACGAGCAUUGUAUGAGCGUGAAUUUUCACUUGCUGACAAAAACAUGUGACCUGAACACUCAAACCAAAGAGUCACGACCAGAACUUUAUGAAGUGAGAAUAAAUAGUAUCUACUCGACAAAUAUGGCAUUCCGGACACCAGCACCAGAACCGCUUAAGGGAUCGAAAGAGCUUCCCGCCAAGUCGUGUUUAGAAAUACUGGCCAGAGGUGAUUCAGUUGGGACAGGCGUUUACUGGAUAGACCCUGCUAACACAGGAACCCCAAUGCAAGCUUACUGUGACAUGACAACAGAUGGAGGUGGUUGGACGAUAGUUAAGAGAAGUAUCUUACAAACGACAAAUCGACCUCCGCCAAUCGAAAACGUUGGGACAUAUGAGGUGAUAUCCUUAUACCACAGACAAGACAAGUGGAUUGCACCUACAGUCGGUGCAAUGUUGGAGAUUCUUCAAGUGAUGGGAUUCCACCAGAUUCAUUUCUAUUGUCACAAGAAAUCCGUGGGUCGAGUAGUGAGCAUCAUGACCAAGAACAACACCGCUGGACAAGCUGUAGUGAGUUACUUUACCGGCCCUGAUGUAGUCUCAGUUUUCCCUACCUCCUGUGACUCCUUCGAUAGACUGGGCGAGGACACGUCCUUUCUGAGUCAGAAUUGUGAAAGAUGGGGCACGAGUGUUCCCUCUGGCCAUGCCAGUACACCCCUGGUUAAACAAUGGGGUUACUGGGGAUUCAAUGGACCAGUACGCCUGGCCACGAUCCCCUUUCAAAUGGAUAAACCUCCUAAAUAUUUUUACGGAUAUCAUACCCCUCAGGUCAAUAAAUCAGAGAGCCAAUGUGACGAUAACAUUGAUGCACCUGCCCUUUACAACGUAAAUGACACUUGGAUGAUAUCUGUACGAUAAUCUCCAUUGUAUACACUUCACUGCAAAAUCGUUCUCGGGUUCAAAACAUAGGAUUUUUUCUUUCUUUCUGGGAAAUGACAUAUAUAAAGACAAAAGCAUAAAGAUGACUGGCGAUAGGUUCCGUUUGAAAUGAACUUCCACGGGUCAUAAAAACAUGUACCAUAAACGUACUUCCCAUGUACCAUUUCGGUCUCAGUUUUUGUGUUCUAUGUUUUGACCCAACCAUGAUUUUGCAAUAGACCAGUUUCGAAUUCCAAAUUACCGCUGUGUUCCUCGAUUACAGACUCAUUUGCA